AUGAGCAAAGACAUCUUGGCUCAAAUAGUUGCAGAUCUGAUUUCAAGCCCGGCAAAAUUCAGCCUUCAACUCGACGAGACCACAGACGUCUCCAAUCUAAGCCAGCUUGCAGUAUUCGUGCGCUAUGUGAAAGACUACGUGAUAAAGGAAGAGUUUUUAUUUUGUAAGCCUCUUACAACAACAACUAAGGCAGCCGAUGUGAAGAAACUUGUGGAUGACUUCUUCAAAGACAACAAUCUUUCGUGGGAUAUGGUUUCUGCAGUUUGUUCGGAUGGAGCCCCAGCCAUGCUGGGAAGAAAGUCUGGUUUUGGUGCGCUAGUGAAAGCCGAUGCACCACACAUCAUUGUUACGCAUUGUAUUCUGCAUAGGCAUGCAUUGGCAACAAAAACCUUGCCUCCAAAACUGGCAGAAGUAUUAAAAAUUGUAGUGGAAUGUGUGAACUAUGUGCGAAAUAGUGCUCUGAGGCACCGCAUCUUCAGGGAGCUGUGUAAAGAAAUGGGAUCUGAAUUUGAGGUACUUCUGUACCAUUCCAACGUUCGGUGGUUAUCCCGGGGACAGGUGUUGAAUAGUGUUUUUGCCGUGCGUGUGGAAUUAGGCCUGUUUUUGCAAGAGCACCAACAUUGUCAUGCAGAUUGCUUCAAAGAUUCUGAGUUCAUUCUCAUUUUAGCGUACAUGACUGAUAUCUUUGCAGCUCCAAAUCAUCUCAAUCAACAGAUGCAGGGCGGUGGAGUCAACAUCAUCGAAGCGGAAGAAAACCUGAAGGCUUUUCAAAAAAAGCUAUCGUUAUGGAAACGACGAAUAGAGAACGAUAACUUCGCAAACUUUCCCCUGCUAGACGACUGUGUAAGUAAGAUCGAAGAUGUAUCUGGAAUCGGAGACAUUUCUGUACCCACAGAACUGAAGCAAGCAAUUGCCACGCACUUAGAUGAGCUUGCAACGUCUCUUGAUGGAUACUUCCCUACAAGAGAGUCAUAUCAUGCAUGGGUGAGACAGCCGUUCACAUUUAGUGUUGAGACAACAGAUGUCAAUGAUGAAUACCUCGAUGAAAUCAUUGAACUUCAGCAGAGCCAGGUUCAACAGCAACUCUUCAGAACAACAACGCUCUCAACAUUUUGGUGUCAACAAAUGGUAACGUACCCUGUUAUUGCUAAGAAAGCUCUGGAGUUUUUCAUACCGUUUGUUACAACAUAUCUUUGCGAGCAAUCCUUUUCAAGGAUGCUGGACAUAAAAACGAAGAAAAGGAACAGACUUUGUUGCGAAAAUUACAUGAGUGGCACUUGCCAAGGUAAAGCCGCGCAUUUCUGA